CCAUACGGACGCUAAUCGCGGCCGGACCGGUGGGUGACAGCCGAACAAGCCGUUGUCCUUAAACUUGUCUGCAGCUGCACUGACCUGAUCCGUGUGCAGGUUUUCACUCCAGCCGUGUUCGCAGCGACAUGUCUCUGGCGGCGGAUGCGUUCGUGUCGCAGUUAGCAGCUGCUGAGCCGUGGCCUGAAAAUGCCACCUUGUACCAGCCGCUGAAGGAAGAUCAGAUCCUGCUGUCAGACUGCGCCUCAUCGCUCGCUGUCCAGGCCUACCUCAGGAUGUGCGGUUUACCUGUGGAGGUGGUUUACAGAGCGAACGCCGAGUAUAUGUCGCCGUCUGGUAAGAUUCCCUUCAUCCACGUGGGCAACCAGGUGGUGUCAGAACUGGGACCCAUAGUUCAGUUCACCAAAGCCAAGGGUCACUCUCUGAGCGACGGACUGGACGAUGUUCAGAGGGCGGAGAUGAAGGCGUACAUGGAGCUGGUCAACAACAUGCUGCUCACAGCCGAGCUCUACAUCCAAUGGUGUGACGACGCCACGGCUGCUGAGAUCUCCCGGCCCAGGUACAGCAGCCCGUACUCGUGGCCGCUCAGUAACAUCCUGUCCUACCAGAAGCAGUGGGAGGUUCGCAGGAAGAUGAACGCCAUCGGCUGGGGAGGGAAAACGCUGGAGCAGGUUUAUGAGGAUGUGAGUCAGUGCUGUCAGGCUCUCUCUCAGCGGCUGGGAACUCAGCCGUACUUCUUCAACAAACAAGCCACGGAGCUGGAUGCGCUGGUCUUCGGCCACCUCUUCACCAUCCUGACCACCAGACUGACCAGCGCCGAGCUGGCCGAGAGGAUCAAGAGCUACAGCAACCUGCUGUCCUUCUGCAGACGCAUCGAACAGACCUACUUCGACGACAAGAGCUCCUGAAGCUCCACCUCAGUCUGCUCCACCUCGUACAUUCUGUCUUCUGUCAUUCCCCUGAUCGUAGCACCGAUCCUGCUUCUGUUCUCAUCCUGUCCUGCUGGUUCUGUCUUCAUGGCUUUGAGCUUGUUGCAUGCUGCCGCUGGCCUCCAGAGAGACGGUCAGGGAAUCUACACAUGAAUAAAUGUGCUGUAGUCAGAGGGUCACUGUGAAACCACCGUAAACCACGUACCGUCUAAAACCAGAAUUUAAACACGUUUCAGCUGAGCUUCUAUUCUAGGAAUCUAAUAAUUCUAUUGAUGUUAAUAAUCCUAAUAAACUCCACAAGAAGAGCAGCCGAGGUUAAAUGCUGAACAGAAUCCUGCUGGGAUUUAUCAUCACACUUAUUUAUUCACCUCAGCAGCUCUGAUCCUCUCACAUCCAUUGCUGUGCUUUUCCAGACUCUGAACGUCUGGACUUCACGGCUGCCACUCCGUUUGACCCGACCGGAGGUCAAAUGUCUUUCCUGUCUGAGGUUUCAGAAACCUGCAAGAAAUGUGAAAGCGACAUGUUUUACCCUGUAAAUACAGAAAACACUCAAACACGCCGAUGAAGAGGAUGUGAUUUACUCUGGAGUUGUUCCACUUUGUUCUUUGUGUGAAUGUGAAGUGCCUACAAAAUAAAAGACGUUCACUUCA